GGCGGCGGAACCGGGGCCGGUCGAGCGCCCGCCCGCCACCCCUCACAUCCGGGCCCUCCCUCGGGCGGGCCCCUUCCCGGCGCGGCGGCUCCCGCCCCUGCGCGCCCGGAGCCGAUCGCGGCCGAGCCCCGGCGCGAUGCUGCGGUGCAUGCCGCCGCUCUGGCGCUGCAACCGGCACGUGGAGGCGCUGGACCGGCGGCACUGCUCGCUGCAGGCCGUGCCCGAGGAGAUCUACCGCUACAGUCGCUCGCUGGAGGAGCUGCUGCUGGACGCCAACCAGCUCCGGGAGCUGCCCAAGCCUUUCUUUAGGCUUCUGAACCUGCGGAAGCUGGGUCUGAGUGACAAUGAAAUCCAGAGACUUCCCCCUGAGGUUGCCAACUUCAUGCAACUGGUGGAACUGGACAUCUCCCGCAACGACAUUCCAGAAAUUCCUGAAAGCAUCAAAUUCUGCAAAUCCUUGGAAAUCGCAGACUUCAGUGGGAAUCCUCUCUCCAGGCUUCCAGAGGGCUUCACACAGCUCCGGAGCCUGGGCCAUUUGGCCUUGAAUGAUGUGUCCCUGCAGAGCCUCCCCAAUGACAUUGGGAAUUUGGCAAACCUGGUGACUUUGGAGCUACGUGAGAACCUGCUAAAGACUCUCCCCACUUCACUCUCCUUCCUUGUCAAGUUAGAACAGUUGGAUCUUGGUGGCAAUGACCUGGAAGUACUGCCAGAUACUCUGGGAGCGCUACCAAACCUACGUGAGCUUUGGUUGGACCGGAACCAGCUCUCAGCCCUGCCACCAGAGCUGGGCAAUCUCCGCCGCUUGGUCUGUCUGGAUGUGUCAGAGAACAAGCUGGAGCAGUUGCCCAACGAGGUCAGUGGGCUAGUAGCACUGACGGACUUGCUCCUGUCACAGAACCUGUUGGAAUGCAUUCCAGAUGGGAUUGGUCAGCUGAAGCAGCUCUCCAUCCUCAAGGUGGACCAGAAUCGGCUGACAGAGGUGACAGAGUCAAUUGGGGACUGUGAAAAUCUGUCAGAACUCAUCUUGACAGAGAACAUGCUGACAGCCUUACCAAAGUCCCUGGGCAAGCUGGCUAAGCUGACAAACCUGAAUGUGGAUCGGAACCGGCUAACAUCCCUUCCAGCUGAGAUCGGAGGCUGUGCCAAUCUGAACGUGUUGUCCUUGCGAGACAAUCGCCUGGCCCUCCUGCCACCAGAGCUUGCCAACACCACUGAGCUUCACGUCCUGGAUGUAGCUGGGAACAGACUGCAGAACUUGCCACUUGCUUUGACAAAUCUUAACCUGAAAGCCCUGUGGCUGGCAGAAAAUCAGUCCCAGCCCAUGCUGAAAUUCCAGACAGAGGAUGAUGAAAAGACAGGAGAAAAAGUUCUCACUUGUUACCUGCUUCCCCAGCAGCCCUCUCCUAGCCUAGAGAAUCUUUUGCAGAACAGUGUGGAUGACAGCUGGACAGACACCAAUUUAAACAGAGUCAGUGUGAUUCAGUUCCUGGAUGAACCCAAAGUAGAUGAUGAAGAUGAGUCUGGAGCUGAGAGACGGGGCUUACAGCGCAGAGCAACCCCUCAUCCCAGUGAACUGAAGGUUAUGAAGAAAGUGAUUGAAGUUCGGCGCAAUGAGGUACAUGCUGCAAAGCCUGAUACGGACCUGAAUUCUCCUAACUCAGAAGAGAAGAGGCUGAGCGCCGUGUCAAAUCGCAGUGAGGACUCCCACCUUUCCAACAGCACUGCCUCUGCUGACUUUAGGGCAGAGGAGCAGGGAGAGGAGGGAGAGAGGAGCUGGCCAAAUGGGCAGGUGCCUGAGAUGCACAAGCUGGAGAAGGAAGCAAAGCCCCGAGCUGACGAGGAGCAUAAAGAAGCUGCUGACCAAGAAGAGGAAGAUGUGGAAGUGGAAUACAAUGAGCCUACUGUACACUUUGCUGAGGACACACUAAUACGGAGUGAGGAUGAGGAUGAGGAUGAAGAACGACCAUUCCCAGUGGAGAAACAGAGGCUUAUCCGCAAGGACACACCCCAUUAUAAGAAACACUUUAAGAUAACUAAACUGCCCAAGCCAGAGGCAGUGGUGGCACUCCUGCAGGGACUGAACAGUGAUGGAGUCCCCAAAGAGGAAGAGGAGUUAGGAGGCUGCAAUAACAACACAGAGCCUGAGGAGCAGGAGGAAGUGUGGGAUGAGGAUGACAGAAAGAAUGGAACUUUAUCUGCUCAGCCAUCAGUGAAGGGGGUGUCGUUUGAUCAAGCCAAUAAUCUGCUGAUUGAACCUGCUCGCAUUGAGGAGGAAGAGUUGACACUGACUAUCGUGCGGCAGACGGGGGGGCUGGGCAUCAGCAUCGCAGGGGGCAAGGGCUCCACCCCCUAUAAGGGUGAUGAUGAGGGCAUCUUUAUUUCCCGUGUGUCAGAAGAGGGUCCUGCAGCUCGUGCAGGGGUUCGUGUUGGGGACAAGCUUCUGGAGGUAAACGGUGUGUCCCUGCACUGUGCUGAGCAUCAUGUGGCGGUGGAAGCUCUGCGUGGAUCAGGCAGCUCCGUCUCCAUGACAGUUCUGCGGGAGCGGAUGGUGGAGCCGGAGAACGCCAUCACUGUCACACCGCUGCGCCCUGAGGAUGACUACAGCCCUCGUGAGAGGCGAGGUGGUCUGCGCUUCCCAGAGCGACCCGAGGGGGCACCUCCCACAGAGAGAUAUUCCACCUGCCUCAUGCGCAAUGAGAAGGGCCUGGGCUUCAGCAUUGCUGGUGGCAAAGGCUCCACACCAUACCGGGCUGGUGACACGGGGAUCUUUAUCUCACGGAUUGCAGAGGGGGGUGCAGCCCAUCGAGACGGGAUCCUGCACGUAGGAGAUCGGGUCAUCUCGAUCAAUGGGGUAGACAUGACAGAAGCCAGGCAUGAUCAGGCAGUAGCGCUGCUUACCGCAUCCUCCCCCACCAUCGUGCUGCUGGUAGAGAGAGAGUGUGCAGAGCAGCUCAGCGAGGGAGACUGCCCAGGCGUGCCACGGGUGCGCAUGCACUCCCCACCACCGCCUCCCGGCCACGGGGAGAGCCCGCCGGAGGAGAUGCCUUCUCUGCAAAGGAACCAUCUGUCUAAAGGCCUGGAGGAUCAAUAUCCCAUUGAGGAAAUUCACCUUGUAAAAGCAGGUGGUCCCCUGGGACUCAGCAUUGUAGGAGGCAGUGACCAUUCAAGCCAUCCAUUUGGGAUUCAUGAACCAGGUGUCUUCAUUUCAAAGGUCAUUCCCCGUGGACUGGCAUCUCGCAGUGGACUCCGUGUAGGGGACAGGAUCCUGGAAGUAAAUAGUAUUGACCUGCGCCAUGCUACCCACCAAGAAGCAGUGAAUGCCCUGCUCUCAAACACCCAGGAGCUGACUAUGCUAGUAAGGCGAGAUCCGCCACCACCUGGUAUGCAGGAAAUAUGCAUUGAAAAAGCUCCAGGAGAAAAGCUGGGCAUCAGUAUCCGGGGUGGAGCAAAAGGUCAUGCUGGAAAUCCGUUUGAUCCCACUGAUGAAGGCAUCUUCAUUUCUAAGGUGAGCUCCUCCGGGGCUGCAGCCCGGGAUGGCCGUCUGAAGGUGGGAAUGCGGAUCCUGGAGGUGAAUCACCAGAGUUUGCUGGGAAUGACGCAUACAGAAGCAGUACAGAUACUCCGAAGCGUGGGUGAUGCGCUCCUUGUGCUCGUGUGUGAUGGCUUUGAUCCGAAGGCUGCAGCUGCCAUUGAGAUGUCCCCAGGAAUUAUUGCAAACCCUUUUGCUGCUGGUAUUGGGCGCAAGAAUAGCCUGGAAAGUAUCUCUUCUAUCGAUCGGGAUUUAAGCCCUGAAGAACUGGAGAUCCUUCAGAAGGAGAUGGAAAUGGUGAGAGAAGCAACUCAAUGGGAGAGAGAAGAAAUGGAGAAAGUGGAGUGGAUGCGUAGGGAGCGGGAGGCAGCCACGCAGCAACUUGAGGAGGAGGCAGAGAAUAUCACCAGUGAACCUUUGAGACUGGACUAUCGGACCCUGGCUGCUUUGCCCAGCAGUGGCUUACAGAGAGUCAAUCGCACUACUCCUGCAGGCGAGUCUGGGACAGGAAAUUCCAGGCGUGAAACCCCCUAUUCUCCUAGUAAUCAGCAGACGCCUGCAGCCCCUCGGCCUGCUCACCUGCCAGGCAGGGAGACCCGCUUUGCUUCCAUUAACUUCAUUACAUCACAGGAUGACAGUAAAUCACAGACCAAACCAGGUGUCAUUCAGCCUCUUUCCCGAGUGCGACAGAAUGCUGCCUCACAUAAUUUGGAGGACGGGGACAGCCCCAAUCCCUUCCAGCAACCUGAGCUGUGCUUCAAUAUCCAGAACUCUCAAAAGCCACCGUCACCACCCUCUCCUGAUGAGAUCCCCAUCAAUGUCAAGCAAGCAUACAAGACCUUUGCAGCAGUGCCCUUGUCACACCCUCUGCUUGAGGCACAGGAACUGCUUGGUCAGACCAGCACAGAGAAUCCCAAAGCUGCCCCGGAGGUGGCCAUGCACAGCCCCAGUGGACUGCACAGCCCUGAGCAGAGGUCCUUCCGCGAGAGGCAGAAGUAUUUUGAAAUUGAGGUGAAGCAACAGCAGAUGGAUAAGCCUCCCAAGCGUGUUUCCUUGGUAGGAGAGGAUGACCUGAAGAAAAUGAAAGAAGAGGAAGCUCGAAAACUGCAGCAGAAACGUACCCUUCUGUUGGAGGAAGAGGCAGAAGAGGAUGAGAUGGUAAAACAGGUGCCUGAGAUGAGCAUGCAGUCCAGUGUCAUCAUUGAAGGAGUUGAGUACAAGAUUGAGAGACUAAACGGAAGGAGCAUCCAGGCUCCAGCAACUCGGCCCUCUGAGGUCAGUGAGAACAGCAGCUCACAGAGGAAUUCACUGGAAGAGGGAAUCAAGCCUGAACAGAGAACCAACUCUAUGUCUGGGUUGAGUCCAUUACAUCUUGGAGCAGGGGAUUCAGUGGCACCUGUGCGGACAGCCAAAGCUGAACGGCGGCACCAGGAGCGAUUGCGAAUGCAGAGUCCUGAGCUUCUGAGUGGUCAGGAGAAGGAGCUUUCCCCAGCAGAACGCCGUGCUCUGGAGGCAGAGAAACGAGCAAUGUGGAGGGCAGCACGAUCCUCAGCUCUUGAAGACAGUAUUAAACAGUACGAGCAGGAUCUGGCCAGGAAGCUGUACCAGUCCCGACAGUGGGCACCUGCUCCCGGGGCCAGGCCAGCUCAGAUGUCUAGUCCAAUGCAGAGUCACGCCUCAAGAAUCCCUGGGUCAGGAAGCCAAUCCAGAAUGAAAUCACUUGAACAGGAUGCUCUUAAAGCCCAAAUGGUUAUUGCCAAGUCCAAGGAGGGGAAAAAACGCAGCACACUGGAGCAGCUGGCAGAGUCACCUUCACCUGUUCCUACCCCAUCACCGACACCACUGGAAGAUUGCAGUCCCAGAAACGUCACUUCACCGGGAAGGCUGUCCAUGUCUGAAAAGAAGUUUGACUACCGGGAAUUUGCUGCUAUUCCUUCCUCCAAACCUGUUUACGAAAUCCAGUCACCUGAUGCAGCUGAUGACCUCAGAUACAUAGAUGACAGAAAUAACUCAGUUCCCCAUGAGCAGGAUGGGCAGACAGAGGAAGAGGAAAUGCUAGUAACACGUGAUUCAUCAACACCUACUUCAUCAGCACUUGAAGAAAUGGCCCUGUACAGCAGCAAACGCAAACUCCGACACAGCCGGCGCAGUCUGGAGGCUGCUGUCCCUACGUAGAAGACCUGAUGCACCUGGGCAAGGGAAUAGCCCAGCACGGGGGCUUCUGAGCUUCCUGUGCUCCAGGGACAGCACUGGACUGCCCACACUGCUGCCUCCUGGACUCUGGAUGGGAACUGAGCACCACAGGGAGCAUUGUGGUCAACUAACUUCCUUUAAGGCUGUGAACCGCCCUCUUUUCUCACCCAAUAAUGCACUGGGGCAUGUCCUAAACACAGCUGGACAACACCAGACUUAUUGAUGGCAAAUUGAGAGGAGGUGUGGGUAGGACAGUGGGCAGCUGCAGCUUGUUAGCCUGUAUAUAUUGUGUGUGGGGGAAGGGUAGGACAGGGAGCAUAUAUGAGUGGGAGAGUGUUUUGGGCUCCAGCUGUUAUUUCCUCAACUUGGAUUUUUUUAGGGGUUAAUAUGGGAGCUUCUACUCCAGUAUGAAGUAGAAGGAAGGUCCAGCCUGCCUUUGCUCCUAUUUAAUUUCCAGUCUUUUGCCAAAAAGCAUCUCCUUCCACCUCCUGCACCGUGUCACCUUGCUUUCUUUUGGGAGUACGUGGAAAUGGAUAGCUUGGAGGCAAAAAAAACAAAACAAAACAAAACCCAAACAAACAAACAAAAACACCAACAAAAAAAAAAAAACCACCAAAACAAUUUCGGUGAAGUGCCUCCCUCUGACACUGACACUUGUGUGCUCAUGAUGACUGAAUAAGCAGGAGCCUGUGCCAGCUCUGUGCCACUUGCCUCUGUGAGCACAGCAAUCUAUCACAUGUAGGAAAUCGCUCCUGCCAGUAUUUUGUGCUAUUCUGGAAGACCUACCUACAUGUACACGUAACUUUGUGUAUUACGUGCAGGCAGUGUGAACCACUCUACAAGCACGCUGUACUGAGUGUCAGAGGAGGCCAGGUAUCUGUCUUCUGUCAGCACCAUGACCAAAUUGGUGAACUGGGGCAGAAAUGAGAAAGGAGCUGAAUGGCUGUAGCAAGAGUAUAGCAGUGUGCAUGUGUGACAGCAAUAGAGAGCAGAAUAGUUGGGGAUUUAGGAUACGGUGGCAGAAAUAGGAGGUGUAAACAGCAGAAAAGAUAGUGGGUUAGGAUUCAGGAAAUGGGGAAGGGUAGGAAGUGGCGUUGCUGGGGUCAGGUUAGGAGUAAUGGGGUCUUACAGGUAGGAGGAUACUAGUGGGUGAGCCCACUAGGUUGCCUGCUGGCUGUGAAAUGAAAUGUGAUGUUAUGGGGGUGCCCAGUGUGGGGCUCUCAAGGAGCGCCUGCCAGGCAGAGAGCACAAUGAAGUAGGAUGGGUCUGGCCUAUGCCUUGCAAUAACUACACAAUUCUACUACACUUUGCCAACUUGUUGGCUUCAGGCCCCUCUCCAUGUAGAACAGGAAAAAUACAUGCUUGCCCAUGCAAGAGGUAAAAAAUGAAAAUUAAAAAGGAGCAGGGGUGUGAUUCCUGGUUUCCAUGAGUGGAACAAGAGCUGUGAACAGAUUCUGUAUCAAGUGAGCUCUGCAGAUGUGGAGGAGGCAGAUGCUGCUUAUAGCUCAAACCAGUCUCUGCUGCCCACUACUGUACUGAAAUAAGACAUCCCUUUUUCUUUUCUUUUUUUUUUUUUUUUUUUUUUUUGGAUGCCUCUAGUAGGGAGAAAGGCGUCUGAGCUUGGCAGCAAUCUGAUCUGCCUACCCUGAUACAUUGGUGCUCUCUGCUGAACCCCUCCAGCAUUAAGACCAGAGUUGGACCUUAAGCCUUUCAGUGACUUGAAGUGGCUUGGAGCAACAGGCACUUCUGCUUGUAUAUUUGCUGAAUGAAAGAACUGGAUGCAGUUUCUUUUAGUUGAGAAUCUCCCUUCAUGCCAAAAUCCAGUGGAUCGUUUUAACUGACUUCGUAUGUUUUCAUUUUACAGAGCUUUGAAGGGGGAACUCUGAUAAUCUCAAACUGCAGCUAUGGCUGCUUACAUCAUCAGCAAUUUGAGCUUUUCCUUUUUAAAUCUAAUUUUAGCAUUUGCUUUUUAACAACAGCAAUUUUGGAAACAAUCCUGGAUUGGUUUUGGUGACUAACUUGUGAUUCUUUUUUUCUUUCCCUUUGCGGUACCUGGUGCCAGGCUCUGGGUUCUCUCCCAUUCUCUCCUGAGAGACUCUGAGGGAAAAUGAGCGCAUCAAGACUGUAACUAGUGAAAUUUGUACAACCAAAGAAAUCUAUUUUGUGGUUCAAGGAUAAUAAAGUUUACUUUACAUUUUA